GGAUGUCCAAAUGGAAACUGAUGACAGCCCACAUAUGGUGGAAGAUAAUACUUCCAGUGAACAGCCUUCAAGCUCAAGUGUGAAGAUAAGAAAGAAGACACCAGGUACAAGUCAACAUCAGUCAGAUUCUCAAGGGUCCAAAGAUCCACCACGUUCCAAUAGUCAAAGCAAGGAAGACAUUUUUGCAACUAUGAUUGCCUCAGCAUUGAAAGAAGUGGAAAUGGAACAAAGUUAUGCAGAAGAACAGAAACGUCAUCCAACAAUCCAUGAAAAAUGUAAAAAGACUAUUAUAUUUCCAGAAGUAGUGGUGGCAGACCGACAGAAAGGCAUCCUAGGCUUUAAAAUGCACAAAUAUGUUCUAGAACAAGAUAGAACAAUUGCAAGACAGUCCAAAACAAAGUCAGGUUCUGCGAAGACUGAGCCCCAGCCACGCUCUACAUGCAAAUAUGUUCGAAAGGCUGAGAGUUCUCUGGAGAGUACGAACUCCAGCGAGUCCAUUCUAGGCGCAAUAGGUGCAGCUAACGCACAGAAUGCUGAUCCACAACCAAUGACCAGUUCAGCACCGAACAAGCAAGAUGCUCAGCAGGAUGACGAACGAGGCGAAAUGCUGCCCAAGAAACCGCCUCACAAGAGACCGCCAGAGAGCUAACAACACAAUUUUUAACUCAAAGUCACCCGCAAUCCAAAAGGAACAUCUUCUGAUUAAAGUUGAGCAUUUUAAUUUAUUGUCAUGAUUUUUGAUGAUGUAACAUGACUUGUUUGUCCUAAA